UCCCCUUUGGAGCCGGAAAUCGGAAGUGGCCGCGCGUGCGCGCUGGCAGGAGGGUGGCCGGAGAAGGCGCGGGCGGGCGCCACAGCUGCUGCUGCUGCUUGGAGACGCGGGCGCGCACGCGCUCCUCCUCCCUCCCUCCUUCCCCGCCUGCCCCCCCCGAGACCGGAAAGGAGGGGCCCUGGGGGGCUGAGAGAUCUGCCUUGAGGGAGAAGGAAGCAGCCUUUGAGGCGGGGGGGGCUCAGCUGGGGGGGUUGUCAGCGUCCUAAAGUGUCCUGCUGGAGGGGUGUCAGGCUUGGAGGGGGGCUCCUCCAAUAGCAGGUCUGGAAUAGGUGUUCAGGCUCUGGGUGUCAGCAGGAGGACCCCCCCUUGAGGUGUGUGUGUGGGGGGUAUUUUUUUGGGGGGUCCACCCUGAGUUGGGGGUUCCCAGCAGUGUGCAUAAAACCCACAUCCUUGAACUGGUGCUUGGCAGGUUCUGUAGCAGCCCUUUAUUGUGGUGCCGCCCCCCCCUCACUCCAUGCCUCAGUAGGGGGAUGGCCAGGGGGUUGAAGAAGGGGGGCAGUGUGUGGUUGAACAUGCGGCUGGACUAGUUUGGGGGGCGACGAAGCCUUCUCUGGGCUGGCCCCAGUGGCUAGUGGGGCUAGUGGGGUCUCCAGGAGGUGUCUCUGUGUGGGGAGGGGGCCUGGAGGCUGGCUUUUGUUUCCUGCUUGCCAAGGGAUGGGAAGUGCCAGGGAAAGGCUCUAGCUGGGAGAAGGCUGCAGAGAGGCGUCUGCUGUCACCUCUUCCCUCCGUUGAGGGUGGCCGGCUGGCUGGCUGCUGCUGCUGCUGCCCAUCCGCCGGUUCCCAAGCCAUUUCUUAUCUGCAAUGACGGGCAAAUCUGUCCGGGACGUGGACAGGUAUCAGGCGGUCCUUGCCAGUCUGCUGCUUGAAGAGGAGAACAAAUACUGUGCGGACUGUCAGGCAAAAGGGCCAAGAUGGGCCUCGUGGAACAUUGGCGUCUUCAUCUGCAUCCGCUGUGCUGGAAUCCACAGGAAUCUGGGUGUCCACAUAUCCCGAGUAAAAUCUGUCAAUCUGGACCAAUGGACGCAAGAGCAAAUGCAGUGCAUGCAAGAGAUGGGGAACCGCAAAGCGAAUCGCCUCUACGAAGCUUACCUUCCGGAGAACUUCAGACGACCUCAGACAGACCAAGCCGUGGAAAGCUUUAUCAGAGACAAAUACGAGAAGAAGAAAUACGUGGACCGAAGUCUUGACAUCAACAUGUUGCGGAGAGAAAAGGACGACAAAUGGAAAAAGGAGGCAGCCUCCGAGAGAAAACUGGAGCCCAUAAUCUUCGAGAAGGUGAAAAUGCCUCAGAAAAAGGAUGACUCGCAAAUCAAGAAGAGCCCUUCCAAAUCUUCCGAGCCUGUCAUGGACUUGCUGGGACUGGAUGUUCCUGUUUCAUCUGCCCUCCCCAAUGGCAGAUCCAGUAGCUGUUUAGAGAAGGACCUGGACCUCUUUGGCGCUAUAGGCACCGACAGAAAGGUGGUUGGCUCGAUGCCCACAGCUGGGAGUGCUGGGUCUGUUCCCGAAAACCUGAACCUUUUUCCUGAGCCCAGGAGCAAGGCAGAAGAGCCGGGGAAGAAGCAGCUCUCAAAGGAUUCGAUCCUCUCCUUAUAUGGUUCCCAAGCCCCACAAAUACCCACACAAGGAGCUGUGUUUGUAGCCCCCACCCAGAUGGGGUACCCUGCAGCCUAUCCCAGUUUCCCAGGCAUGGCCCCACCCAGCAGCAUGAUGAGCGGCGUGAUGGCACCCCCGGUUGGGAUGAUGGCACAGCCAGGCGCAGCUGGCAUGGUGGCACCCAUGGCGAUCCCAGCGGGCUACGUAGGGGGCAUGCAGACGGCAGUCAUUGGGCUCCCCAACGGGAUGGUGGCGGCACAGCAGGCUGGCUACCUGGCUGGCAUGGCUCCUGUGCCACCCCCGGUGUAUGGCACGCAGCCAGCCCAGCAGCUCCAGUGGAAUAUUGCUCAGAUGACACAGCAGAUGGCUGGGAUGAACUUCUAUGGCACGAAUGGGAUGAUGGGAUAUGGACAGUCCAUGGGCAGAGGAGGGACCCCAGGAACCAACCAAACUCUCAGCUCCCAAGUGUGGAAAUAACGCACCUGGAUUUGGACCACUUCUCUCUCUCUGCUUCUGUUCCUUUUUCUCUUUUUGCUUCUGUAUUAAAAUUGCUCCCUGAGGUUACCUUAAAGCUUUAUUUUCCUUUCCCGUGGUCUCAGCCAGACCUUCCCUCUGCAUAAGAGACAGCUGCUCUGCCACUUUACCCUCCCCACGUCAAUGGCACCCUCUGCAUAAGAGACAGCUGCUCUGCCACUUUACCCUCCCCACGUCAAUGGCACCAGCGGAUCAGGACUGUCUUCUGUCUCAGCUCAUUAAAAUGUGUGCAUUUUUCUUUGGGGAGAGGCAUAGGGUGGAAGGUGGCCAUUGUUGUGGGGGUUAGCCAGAAGGCGGAAGCAGCCCUGCCCAAGACCUUGAAAAGGGUAGCCAUGAUGGCUCAGGUAAAACUGAACUCACUGCUUAGGAACUGGACAGAAAAGAAGUUCCUCGUCAGGUGUUGCUCAGCUAAGUUUAAUUUCUCUGUCCAUUUUCUCCCUCAAAUAAAAGGUGGUGAAUUCUUUCUUGCCCUUAUAUCCACUUGACCUACAAGCACAUUCCAUUGUUAUUAUUAUUAUUAUUUUGUGGAAUUCUCCAUAACUAGUUCCACCUUCCAUGAGCUUCAAAUGUUCCUUCCCUGGAGCUAGUGGAUUUCCACAGGACCCUUGAGCACAACGGACCUUUUCUGGAAUUGUCAAGUGGUGUGUUGUGGCAGGGGGGAGAAAUUGCUCUCUUAAAAGCUGCUGCUGCUUCUGUCUCAACUGUGGUGGUGACACAUUUAUUGACACUUUUCUCCACCCUCCCCAGUCCCACCCCCAGUCUUCCUUUGUUCUCCUUUUAAUGACAUAAUAAUUGAUCAAGGGCCAAGUCUUUGGUGAGCUCCUUCUUGCACUUGGUUUGCACUCUGUUUUUGUUCUGUGUACACCCCCUGCAACCCCCCCCCACACACACACACAUGCCAGCAUGAUGGUUUAGUGACUGAGUUACCAACCAAGGGAUUGGGGCCAUCUGGUUCUCCUUUCUCCCACAGCUACAUCAUGGGGAGAAAAAUACCCGACCCACGUCCCUAAAAGGCUGUAUCAGCAUAAGCAAAAGCCAGGUGUCUUCUGUCUACCUUACUUUGUGUAUAUGUAAAUUCCUUAAUAAAGAUAUUGCAGUGAGACAUGA